CGCCCGCCGCUCGCCCGCUGCCCUAAGCCCUCCUCAGCCGCAGCCGAGCCGGGGGGCGAGCGGGGUCCGCGGCCGCUGCCGGCCCCUCCUCGGGCCCCUCCCGGCCCCUCCGCGGCCGCCGGCAGCGGGGCCGGCUGCGGCACCUGCCCGCCGGGGCGCUGCCCCGCCAUGGCGGACCCGGCGGAGUGCAGCAUCAAGGUGAUGUGCCGCUUUCGGCCCCUCAACGAGGCCGAGGUGCUGCGGGGCGACAGGUUCAUCCCCAAGUUCAAGGGCGAGGACACGGUGCUCGUCGGGCAAGGGAAGCCCUAUGUCUUCGACAGAGUGUUACCUCCGAACACAACCCAGGAACAAGUCUAUAAUGCCUGUGCCAAGCCGAUUGUCAAAGAUGUUCUUGAAGGCUACAAUGGUACAAUCUUCGCUUAUGGCCAGACAUCAUCGGGAAAAACGCAUACUAUGGAGGGGAAGCUGCAUGACCCCCAGCUAAUGGGAAUCAUUCCAAGAAUUGCACACGACAUCUUUGAUCACAUCUAUUCCAUGGAUGAAAACCUGGAGUUUCACAUAAAGGUUUCCUACUUUGAGAUUUAUUUGGACAAAAUAAGGGACCUGCUUGAUGUGUCAAAGACAAACCUCGCUGUACAUGAAGAUAAAAACAGAGUUCCGUAUGUUAAGGGUUGUACAGAAAGAUUUGUGUCUAGUCCUGAAGAGGUUUUGGAUGUGAUAGACGAAGGGAAAGCUAACCGCCAUGUGGCUGUUACAAAUAUGAACGAACACAGCUCUAGAAGUCACAGUAUCUUCCUUAUUAACAUUAAACAAGAGAAUGUGGAAACUGAGAAGAAACUCAGUGGAAAACUUUACCUGGUAGACUUGGCUGGAAGUGAGAAGGUCAGCAAAACUGGAGCGGAGGGCGCUGUUCUCGAUGAAGCUAAAAAUAUCAAUAAGUCUUUGUCUGCUCUAGGCAAUGUGAUAUCUGCCUUGGCAGAAGGAACUAAAACUCACGUUCCGUACCGAGACAGCAAAAUGACCCGAAUACUUCAGGAUUCCCUGGGUGGCAACUGCAGAACCACCAUUGUUAUAUGCUGCUCUCCUUCUAUUUUCAAUGAAGCAGAAACGAAGUCGACCCUAAUGUUUGGACAAAGAGCCAAGACUAUUAAGAACACAGUCUCUGUGAAUCUGGAGCUGACUGCAGAGGAGUGGAAGAAAAAGUACGAGAAGGAAAAAGACAAAAACAAGAGUCUAAAGAACGUUAUCCAACAUCUAGAGCUGGAACUGAAUAGGUGGAGAAACGGAGAAGCCGUGCCCGAGGAUGAGCAGAUCAGCGCGAAGGACCAGAAGAACCUGGAGCCCUGUGAUAACACCCCGAUUAUCGACAACAUCACGCCGGUCGUUGCCAGCAUCUCGACAGAGGAGAAGCAGAAGUACGACGAGGAGAUUGCCAGUCUCUACAGGCAGCUGGAUGAUAAGGAUGAUGAAAUCAACCAGCAAAGCCAGUUGGCUGAGAAACUAAAACAACAAAUGCUGGAUCAAGAGGAGCUCUUGGCCUCCACCAGAAGAGAUUAUGAGAAGAUUCAGGAGGAGCUGACCCGUCUUCAGAUCGAGAAUGAAGCUGCAAAAGAUGAAGUGAAAGAAGUCCUUCAAGCCCUGGAAGAAUUAGCUGUCAAUUAUGACCAGAAAUCCCAAGAAGUGGAGGACAAAACAAGAGCCAACGAGCAGCUGGCCGAUGAACUGGCACAGAAGAGUACGGUUCUGACAACAACCCAGAGGGAGCUGGGCCAGUUGCAGGAGCUCAGUAACCACCAGAAGAAGAGAGCUACAGAAAUCUUAAACUUGCUGCUUAAAGACCUGGGGGAGAUUGGAGGGAUCAUUGGUACUAACGAUGUUAAAACAUUAGCAGAUGUGAACGGGGUGAUCGAAGAAGAGUUCACCAUGGCCCGGCUGUACAUCAGCAAGAUGAAGUCUGAGGUGAAAUCUCUCGUGAACCGCAGCAAGCAGCUGGAGAGUGCCCAGAUGGACUCCAACAGGAAGAUGAAUGCCAGCGAGAGAGAGCUUGCAGCUUGCCAGCUCCUCAUUUCACAACAUGAAGCAAAGAUCAAGUCCCUCACGGACUACAUGCAAAAUAUGGAGCAGAAGAGAAGGCAGCUGGAAGAGUCGCAGGAUUCUCUCAACGAAGAACUUGCCAAGUUGCGUGCUCAAGAAAAAAUGCACGAAGUCAGUUUCAAAGAUAAGGAGAAGGAGCAUCUGACCCGGCUUCAGGAUGCAGAGGAAAUGAAGAAGGCACUGGAGCAGCAGAUGGAGAGUCACAGGGAAGCCCAUCAGAAGCAGCUGUCCAGACUGAGAGACGAAAUUGAAGAGAAACAGAAAAUAAUUGAUGAAAUCAGAGAUAUGAAUCAGAAGCUGCAACUGGAGCAAGAAAAGCUGAGUGCUGACUAUGAUAAAUUAAAAAUUGAGGACCAGGAAAGAGAAAUGAAACUGGAAAAGCUCAUACUACUUAAUGAUAAAAGGGAACAAGCAAGAGAAGAUCUGAAGGGGCUGGAGGAAACUGUGGCAAGAGAACUUCAGACUCUUCACAACCUACGCAAACUGUUUGUUCAAGAUCUCACCACCCGUGUUAAAAAAAGCGUUGAGCUUGACAGUGAUGAUGGAGGCGGAAGUGCUGCGCAGAAGCAGAAAAUUUCCUUUCUUGAGAACAACCUGGAACAGCUUACAAAGGUUCACAAACAGUUGGUACGUGAUAAUGCAGAUCUUCGUUGUGAGCUUCCUAAGCUGGAAAAACGACUUCGAGCUACGGCGGAGAGAGUUAAGGCCCUGGAGAGUGCACUGAAGGAGGCCAAGGAAAACGCCAUGCGUGACCGCAAGCGCUACCAGCAGGAGGUGGAUCGCAUUAAGGAGGCUGUAAGAGCCAAAAACAUGGCACGGAGAGCACACUCUGCUCAAAUUGCCAAGCCCAUCCGCCCUGGUCAUUACCCAGCGUCUUCUCCGACAGCUGUUCAUGCCAUCCGAGGGGGAGGGAUGUCAAACUCCAGCUACUAUCACAGCACCAAAUAGAUGAGAAGUCAGUUCCACUUAGCAUGUUAAGGACUGUCAUUAAGUCACUAGUUUCUUUUUUUCCCUCCUCUUCAACCUGAUCCACAUCCUGUUCAUCCUGCGCUUCCUACAGCCAUCUGCGAUGCACCGGUCCUAGGUAUUUUGAGCUUCGUAGGAUCUCCACGUGUACAGAAGUGUUCGGCUCAACUCUUCUACAGAUACUUGUACAAUGUAUUUAACAUAACCAUCUAAGUAACGAUAGGAAGUCUGCCACUCAGAAUCGCUCACUGACUGCGUAUGACCCCUUGGCGCUGGUUAGGUUGGGGCUUCUACGCUCAGAUCGAUGCGUUUCGAAGUCCUCUCUUGCAUCAGUAAAUCCCAACUUCUGGCAUCAAAGAAUUAAUUAUUCAGUGACCAAGUGCCAUCAAAGGCAGGUGAUUGUGCUCAGUCAUGACUGAUUUACUGUAUAAUAUACAUAUUAUUUUAUAUUUUUAGGGGAUGAAAAUGUGCUGCUAUAUGGUUUAAUUUUACUGCUUACAUUUUUGGAAGUAAAUUUCCCCAAAGAACCAUUUGUAAAAUCCUGAUAAAAAUCUUUGGACUGUACAAAAUAACCUUUAUUGCAGUACCUGGUAAAGAUCAAAUGGGAUGCAGAGAAUUCAGUUAGUAUAGGUCUAGGUUUUUGAGGUUUGGUAGUUACAUGAGUAUAUCUGUGUGACUUAUCUUAAAAUUAAGAUCUGAUCUGCUUGUAGUUCUCCCUACGGUGGUGGGUUUUCCCGGAGUGUGAUGGCUAGCCAUGUGUUCGUAAGCAUUGUUUUCUAUGAAAUUUUGAAAGCUUUCAGAAUGCUGCAGAAGUCUUGUCUUGGGAAAGCCGACAAGCAGCCCCCGCUCCCCUUCCCCCAUGCCUUCGGCAAGCCCCGAUCUGCUCACACCGGAAUUCAGAGGCGGCAGUGAGCAGUCCCCUACCGGAACAGACGCUACCUUAAAGAAACAAAAAAUCCCCUCAAAGCCCCAGGCCCUACCUUAGAAAAGUUAUUAUACAGAGAGGGUCCAAAAGGAGGUGAGGGUUACAUACUCAAGCUGUCCUUUGCAGACCAGAUUUGGGAGUACAUGUGUUAGGAGAUGAAGAGCGUAUUGCGAGGGGAAGAGAAUGUAUUUAUUGCUCGUGUAUUGCCACAUUCCAAUAUGCAGCCAUCCUACAGAUAGUCCACCUGUGCUCACGGAGCUAAGGAUGAGACCACUUGCCUUUCCUGGACCUCUCCGGUGCCAGACGGAAAGUUUCCGCCUUCUCAGCAAGGGGGCACUGGAAUCCUUCAGGGAAAGCUCAGCUGGCAGGUAGAAGCUACCGCUUCGCCUCGCGUGCCUACUGCUUCUGUCACCCACAUAUCCUCAUCCUUCACGUGCACGGUAUCCAACCUGAGCUCUUUAGGAAGCGUGGCUUUUAGGAAGGUUACGGCCGAGCAUAGCCCUCUAGUCUUCUUUUGCAGACAUUUGCUCUUAAUUUGAGUCUUACAUUUUUUAAUUUCUGAAUGUGUUCACGUUAUUAGACAUAAAGCUAUUUAGGUAACGUAGAGCCUUUUGAAAGAUUGUGAAUUGACUUUAGAUAUAUUUUUUUUUUCUACUGAAAUUAUUUAGGUUCUUGCAAAGUAAGUUGGACUUAAUUUAACUUUUUUUUUUUUUUUUUUUUUUUUUUAAUGUUGCACUAUAUUGGGGAGCAUUUUGCUAAAAUAUUUAAUGAAGUUGCAAAUUUGCAUGUAUUUAAUUUAUUUUGUAUUUUCCAAAGUUUUAUAUUUUCUUUAUGUGCAUGUGCACUGCCAGGAAAAUGAACUGUGAACUUGCCAUAUGCAAUCUUUAAUAAAAUUACUAAUUCAGAACUACUCUGUGCUAUAUUAUCAGCUGUUCAGAGCUGAAAUUUCUACUAUGAACUCAUUAUCCUCUUGUUUUGGUUCUAAAGCAGUUGUCUUAAAAAAGAAUACCAAACUCUUAAUUGCUGUCAAAGAUUUUGUAUCGUAGUAUAGCUUCUGCUCUGGAUCUUGAAUUCAAAAUUUAUGAAGGAAUUGCAUUUAAAUGCAGCAUUAGCUUAAAAAAUUUCUUAAGUUCCUCGCACCAUCAUCAUUAGUUACAUGUGACAGUUUAGACGGCUUUCUUCAGCUUGAGGAAUAAGUUAGCUUUGGCACCUCUUAAUUGCGCUAGUGCUGAUCAGCCAGUCAGUUCACCUAGCUAAAAUAAAGCGAGUUUCUCCAAGUUAACUUCUGCAUCAAGACUGUAAGAGGACUUUCUAAAACUGAAAUGGCGACAAGAUGCAUUAGGCUAAAUCCUCAAAAAGAAAUACCUAAGAUACUUACUCAAUUGGAAAAUAUUACGUCGGUCAACUGAACUUCUUUUGCUUAUGGGUUCUUGUUUUGUACGCCUAUUUUAAUUAGGCAAUUUAAGUUUGUAUUGCUUACUGUAUAUUCAACUUUUGUACCAUUUUUAAGUCUUACACAUUUUAUACAUAGAAAUGAAAACCACACAUCUGCUCUGCAGAGAUCAGACCCUGUCUUUUGCUAUUUCCACUACUUGAUGCUAUCUUACUUUGCUCUUUGAAUGUUGUGUUAUAUUUAUUCUUAGGCUAAUUUUAAAGUUGUGAUUUAUGUAGCGCAAAUUAAAUUUGUUGUGCAUGGGACAAAUUUUGAUGGAAACACUGUUCACAAAUGGAAAACAUACUUCAGAUGAAACUAAAACGCGUAUUGUUCUUUUUGCUGGUAAUAAAAAGCUAUUUCCUGCUCACUUGAGCUUCUCUUAAUGAUAUGUUCAAAUAUCUUAUGUUUGUCCUUGAAUUCAUGUUUCAUUGACUUGUUUUCUCAAAAGCAAGGAAAGUUAAACCUGGGAAGAUCUUGGCUGACACAUUUUACGUUUGUAUUUUACUCAACAAGGGUGAAAUUGGAUUAUCCUGCAAAUAUUGGAAGUGGUUUUUGAUAUUUUUUUAAGGGUCAAUAAGUGAUGAUUUCUGCCAACAGACUUUAUGAGUAACUUUUAAAUAUAAUUUUAGAAAGCCUUAUGGAUUAAACUACACAUUUGCCUGAAAUUUUGGUAAAUAAGGAUUGGAGUUUAAUAAAUAAGUGUAAGCUUAACAUUGCUUCAUUUGGGUAAAUGGGUAUUUAAACCAAUUGCUCAUGGAGGCCCAAAAGGAAGAGGCCUAAUCAACUUUCCAUUACUGGAGGAGGAAGACCUCGUGUAAACGUGAGGGUAUGUAUCAGCUGGAUAUUAAAGGAACUAACAAAUAAAUUGGCAGGAUAAUCUGAUUCUACCCUUGCUUUGAUUUUCGUCUUUGCUGUGCCUGUAUGAACUGAAGUGCACUGGACAAGGUCUGCCGUACUGGACGGAACACCGCUCCACACGUUCGUCUCUCGCUCUCACAAUCUUGUCCAUUUGAAACACUUUUCGUGGUGGGAGAACCGCAGGGGUUGAGGCAUUCUGUAGAAUUAUACAUGUCUAGUUUGUAAAGUGUAACGUGUACUGCAGAUGUGUAUUCUCUGGGCUCUAUGUAUCUUUACAGUAGUGUUCAUUUUAGGAAAAAAUAAAGUGUGGACACGUUUUGCUGGUAACAAGGGGAAAUUUUUUUUUGCCAUUGCAUCGAGCAAUGCUGAAAUGUAUUAAACUCUUGAUAGCAGAUCUGAACCCUUCUUCCCCCAUCCCAUGGAGAUAAGUAUUUUAUCUUCGUUCUAAAAUUCUAUCAGAAAUGGAUGGAUACACUGGCAGACUGCAUGAUGUAUCAUUUGAAAACCGUUACAGUGGAAAAUAAAACUGAACUAAACUUU